GGUCUCCAGCCGGCCUGCUCUUCCUGUUCCGUGCUCAGCUUCCUCACAGCACCUCCACCUGCCAGAGGUGAGCCUGCCCGGGCCUUGCCUCACCGUAAGUCGGCCCCCAAUCCCCCUGCUUGCAGAAGUUUCUUUACCUCCAAUGAGAGAAGGGGUAGAUCCAGGUCUCUUAAGAGCUGAGGGUUGAGGGCAUUGAGGCAACGCACAGACCCGUCGUCACCUCUGCCCCUGAAGACACCUGCACCCUCCAUGCGGAGCCAAGAUGGGGAACGGAACCGAGGAAGAUUAUAACUUUGUCUUUAAGGUGGUGCUGAUCGGUGAGUCAGGAGUGGGGAAGACCAACCUGCUGUCCCGAUUCACGCGCAAUGAAUUCAGCCACGACAGCCGCACCACCAUCGGGGUUGAGUUCUCCACCCGCACGGUCAUGCUGGGCACUGCUGCUGUCAAGGCUCAGAUCUGGGACACGGCUGGCCUGGAGCGGUACAGAGCCAUCACCUCAGCGUACUACCGUGGUGCGGUGGGGGCCCUGCUGGUGUUUGACCUAACCAAGCACCACACCUACGCCGUGGUGGAGCGCUGGCUGAAGGAGCUCUACGACCAUGCCGAGGCCACUAUCGUUGUCAUGCUUGUGGGCAACAAGAGUGACCUCACCCAGGCCCGGGAGGUGCCAAGUGACGAGGCCCGCAUGUUCGCUGAAAACAAUGGGCUGCUAUUCCUGGAGACCUCAGCCUUGGAUUCCACCAAUGUGGAGCUGGCCUUUGAAACUGUCCUGAAAGAGAUUUUCGCAAAAGUGUCCAAGCAGAGGCAGAACAGCACCCGGACCAAUGCCAUCACCCUGGGCAGUGCCCAGGCCGGGCAGGAGCCUGGCCCUGGUGAGAAGAGGGCCUGUUGCAUCAGCCUCUGACCUUGGCUGGCACCAGCCCUGCCCUCACUAGCUUCCUAGUGAGGGUGCUCCCCAGCCCCACGCUCCAGGAUUUUUCCCUGCCCUGUGGCUCCAGAUGUCAGUGGCCUGUUCCCUGUUCACAGCCCCGGCGAGCUCUAAGGUCUUCAUGCCCCCCACCCCCGUAUUAUCCGCUAACCUCACAGACUAGAGCUCUCAAAUAAAGCCGUUUUAUAUCCA